AACAAUAUGAUAUUAUAAGAGAAAAGAAAAUCCAAAUAUAAUUUAUUAUACGUUUAUCGUCGAAUUUAUGAUCACAACAUUCAUCAUAUUACCUCUGUCUGACGCCAUUUAUAUCACCUUUUGUCGUUUUCCGAAACGAUUACCAACAACAGUCAUGCCAUCAUUUAAUGACGAGUAUAUCUUCUUGUAUUUACCACAAGGCGCAUGAAUGAUUUACACGAACUUGUUACGAAAUUGUGUUUGGUGUGAACUGUGAAGUGAAAUGUGUAUUACUUUCUUAAAGUGAUUGUGCUAUUAGUUUCAUUAAAGCAGAGAGUCAGACAUGCUUUGAGUGUUGUUGAAAUUAAGAAACAAACAUGAGAAUGGUGUAUGUUGGUAAUGAUGAACAUACAGAUGUUCAUGGACAACACAAGCGUUCUAAGAGUGCUUCUGGGCCUAUUCAUGCUUUGAGAGCAGGAGGAGCUUCACAUUCUAAAGAGAAUCGGAACCAAUCAACAGUAAGAGAAAUCAAUUCUAAACAGGGACUUCAUUGCGAUGCAAGGAGUAGCGUCCUGCAUUCUUCUCUUCAUGAAUCUAACAGCAACAAGGACACAGAUGUUGCAUCAAAUCAAAAGGAUUCAUUGGAAAAGGAUAUCGAGCAACUUCAAAUGCGGUUGCAGCAAGAGAAAUCAAUGCGGAUGUUGCUUGAGAGAGCAUUAGGUCGAACAUCUAGCAGUUUGUCCCCUGGGCAUAGGCAUUCUGCAAAUCACACAAAGGGGUUAAUUGCUGAGAUCGAAUUACUUGAGGAAGAGGUUGUGAAUCGCGAGCAGCAUGUUCUAUCUCUAUACAGGUCCAUUUUUGAACAAUGUGUAUCUUCCAAACAAACUUCAGUCCAGACUUCUCCUGCACAUGCAAUGAAGAAGGAAUCAAUAUCAAGUUCAAGGAAGCAUCCAACGAUUAUCUCCAGCACCUUUUGUUCUUCAAAAACCUUCCCUUUCCGAAACUUUCAUGCUCUUUCCACCAUGAAUGCUGGGAAAGGAAGCUUAUUGCAGUCCAAGAUAAGGCAUAGCAAAGCUAACAGUUGCUCAGAUGAAAUAGUGAAGGAGAUGAAGGGAAACCAGUCUUCAUCCAGAAAGAAACCUUGUUUACAGUUAAGUUUAAAAGAUCAUCUUUACGAGUGCCCCAGCAGAUUAUCAGAAGAGAUGGUGAAAUGUAUGGCUGCUGCAUACUGUUGGCUUCGCACUCCAUCAUCAUCAUCAUCAUCAUCAACAACAAAUAAGAAAUCGUCUUCACUCUCUAUUACCAAUGGAGAGGAUUGCAAGUCAAUGGUUGAAAUAUGUUGGAUAUCAACUCACAACAACAACUUCUCUCGUGCAUCUUAUGCCAUAAAUAGUUAUAGAGUUUUAGUGGAACAACUGGAGAGGUUGAAUUUGAGCCAAAUGGAAACAAAUGCUCAGACUGCAUUUUGGAUCAAUAUGUAUAAUUCCAUGAUUAUGCAUGCAUAUCUGGCAUAUGGAAUACCCCACAGCUCUUUGAGAAGGUUAACCUUAUUUCACAAGGCUGCUUACAAGAUCAGUGGGCAUGUAAUAAGUGCAAAUACUAUUGAGCAAGCAAUAUUUAGGUUACGCACCCCUAGGGUUGGAAAGUGGCUGGAGACCAUUCUUUCAAAUGCAUUGUGGAAAAAAUGUGGAGAAGAAAGACAACGUAUUAGUACAAAGUUGGGUCUUGAGAAUUAUCAACCACUUUUGUGCUUUGCUCUUUGCACUGGAACUUCAUCUGAUCCUGUGCUAAAAGUGUACACAGCAUCAAACAUCAAAGAGGAGCUAGAAUUAGCAAAGAGGGAGUUCCUUGAAUCAAACAUAAUGGUGAAGAAAUCAAAGAAAGUUUUGAUACCCAAAUUACUUGAGAGAUUUGGAAAAGAAGGCAACAUGUGUCAAGAAGGUCUUCUCAAGUGGAUAAUGGAAAACGUUGACAAAAAGCAGCUUCGUGAUUCAAUAGAGAAAUGCAUGGAGCAUAACAAAGGGGUAGGAGGCAAAAAGACAUCCCACACCAUUGAAUGGAUGCCUUAUAAUUCAAGAUUUCGGUAUGUUUUCUCCAAAGAUUUAAGUGAAAAGCCUUGGUGGUUAUGAAUGGAUCUAUUCUAUGUAUGUUCAUUAGGAAGAAGGAAUCAUUGUACGUACAUAUAUGACAAUUGGUCUGCGACACUUGCAAUAUCAUCAUAUGACUGAGUGUUGGAUUGUUUAAUGAAAGAAAUAUGUAACACUCCCCCUUUUCUUAUAAUUUUCUAAUUUUGGGUUAA